ACCCUUUGUGGUGUGGACCUAUCACCCAUCCCCAUUCCCUUGUGCUGCAACGUCUGGCCCGGUUUGUCUUCAGGUUUUUUCAUUCCCAGCCGGCCUUCUUCAGUUAGAUCUGUUGUUCCAUCUCACUGGCAUCUUGUUACAGUGGAUUUUUUGAAAUUAUUUACAGACAAUUCUGUCCUGGAGGGAAUAUAACGUUUAUUUAAAGACUUGCUGUAGUGUGAUGGGAGAGAGGGACUGGAGGCCUUUCGUAUAUGGAGGUUUAGCUUCUUGUACGGCUGAAUUUGGUAUGGUACUUUUCCAAUUGACACGACGAAGACCCGGCUACAAGUCCAAGGGCAGAUAAUAGAUCGCAGCUGUACCCGCCUGAGGUACCGUGGUAUGACUGAUGCCAUCCUUAAGAUAUCGAAACAAGAAGGAUUUAAAGCAUUUUAUUAUGGAAUAUGGCCAGCUGUACUUAGGCAAGCCACCUAUGGUACUAUCAAGUUUGGUACAUAUUACUCUUUGAAAAGCUUCCUUGUCAACGGUGAGGAGGAUGUCACGGUCAAUAUUUGCUGUGCAGUUGUUGCCGGCAUGGUUUCUAGUGCUAUUGCCAAUCCGACUGAUGUCCUCAAGGUCCGAAUGCAGGUUCUUGGAGGUAGCUAUGAAAAAAGAGGCUUGUUCGCAUGCUUCAAAGAAGUCUAUAGGAAUGAAGGAAUUGGCGGUUUAUGGAGGGGGGUUGGACCCACUUCACAACGGGCUGCAGUUAUUGCAGCCGUGGAGCUCCCAGUUUAUGACUUCUGCAAGCAUCAGCUGAUGGAGCGCUUUGGUGAUAACAUUACAAACCAUUUUAUCUCCAGUUUCACUGCUAGUAUAGGAAGUGCUGUAGCAUCUACUCCUUUGGAUGUUGUUAGAACUAGGCUGAUGAACCAAAGAAGGUUGUUAGUAGGUGGUAAUAACAAAAUAUACACUGGAAGUAUUGACUGUUUAAUUCAGACUGUAAGACACGAAGGGUUCUUGGCUUUGUAUAAAGGUUUCACACCGACUUGGGUAAGGAUGGGUCCUUGGAACAUAAUAUUUUUUAUAACUUAUGAGCAGCUCAAGAAGUUUUACUGAAGUGCAAUUAGAAGUGCCUGAUAUAAUUAAAAACAUUUGAUCAUGUUAAAGGGAUGUAAAUGGAGGUGAGCAAAUUGACAAAUCGAACGAGGCUGUAUUACAAUCAGGUUUUAAACGUUUUAACUCUCAGCAAUUCAAGCUGAAAUAGAUUUUAGAGGAAACAAAAUUAUCAAUUCAAAUUUAAUGCAUAUAUCACAUAUUGUACUAUUUAAACGGGGUAAAAACAAAAAUAUAAUAACUGCACUUUGUCCAUAAAACUUAAGGAGAGAGAAAAAAUUCCAAAUAUUUGUAUGUGGUUUUCUGGGUGGAAAACACAUUCCAAAGAAAAUUGCAAGUCCAAUCAUUUUCCAAUAUUUGAAAAGAUGUGGUUUAUAUGAUUGUAUGGGAAAGGACCAAAAGAGGAAAACAUUAUUUUAGAAGUCACUGUUUAACAUUCUCUUUCCACUGUAAUUGUAGUAAGCACAAAUGUAAGGAAUAAUCGCCAAAGAUAUUUUCAUAAAAAAGUCUUUAUUAUAAACAGUUUAAAUUGCAUUACUUAGUCAACUUUUUGUUAUUGACAUUAAAAAUUGUAUUUUUAAAUUAUCUAGUCAUUCCAAAUUUAAAUAUUAAUGUCCAGGUUUGAUGCAGAUAUUUCAAGAUGGUUUCUUGAUAAAGAAUAUUGUUUGUGUUUUUGAUCUUGCAAAUUCUUUCAACUUGUUUCCUUCUUUAAUCAAAGGCAAAAAAACUGCCAAUAAUUUUAGGAGAAAUCUUGCUAAAUUUUAACGAUUCGUCCUAAAAUAUCCACCCUAAUUUUGGAUUGACUAUCAUCACCUAUUUGUGAAUAAUUGUGAUUUAAUUAUUUUUGUUAACUUGCAUUUAAUUUGCAUAUGGGAAAAAACCCAAACCAGUUUAGGCCUAUGCCUUCUUGUUAGUUGUUAAAUUGUAACUAUUGUAUAUGGGUAUUUUAUUUAAACGAUAAAUAAAAUAGGGUAUGUGUCGCAAAGCAAGAACUGUGAUUGAUAAUGUUAUUUUGAAAAUUGAAUAAAGUUUAAGCAAAAAUUGUAAA